GAGAUUUAAAGAUUAUCUUCCCACACUGUACUUUGAAACAAGUAACAAUCCAGAAGCAAGCUAAGCUGCAUUAUUUUGUGCAAUGGCUGAUACUUUUACCGAGAUUGUGGAAAAACAGGAGCUACCAUAUGCAUUAAUAAAUGUCAUUGGCGGUCCAGAUGGAGUUUAUGAAGACCACAUAGAGUUUCUGGAGAAACAUCUGAAACUUGUCACCAUGCAGGAAUAUCUGAAAAACAAGCACGUGCUUAAUGAAAAAAUCCAAGCAAUAUUUAUGUGGGCCGGUAAACCUGGAGCUACCAGGGAUCUUCUGGAAGAGCUUCGUAAUUUAAAAGUGAUUGCAGUCUCGGGUGUAGGCAUAGACCACCUUGAUUUAGAACUGAUCUUUCGCUUUGGUAUAAGAGUAACCAAUACCCCCUUUGAAGUGUCCAGUUCAACAGCUGAUAUAGGAAUGGCUUUGAUGCUGGCUUCCGCUAGAAGAGUUGUGGAAGGUUAUCAGAUUGCAAUUUCCCCUGACACUAAACAUUUUAAUAUUGACUGGCUGGGACAAGAAAUAACUGGUGCAACUCUAGGAAUCAUUGGAAUGGGCCGGAUUGGUUACAAGGUGGCUCAAAGAGCUAAAGCUUUUGAGAUGAAAAUUCUUUAUCAUAACCGAAACCAAAGAAAUGAGGCAGAUGAACAGGCUGUUGGUGCGGUUUAUUGCCAGAAAAUGGAAGAUUUACUUGCACAAGCUGACUUUGUGAUGCUGGCUGUGAAUCUGACCCCUCAGACAUGCAAGUUGAUCGGGAGAAAGGAACUAGGACUCAUGAAGCCCACGGCCACUCUUAUCAACAUCUGUAGAGGUCAAGUGGUUGAUCAAGAUGCACUUCUGAAGGCCCUCCAAACAAAAACAAUUAAGGCUGCAGCUUUGGAUGUAACGUAUCCAGAGCCACUGCCAAGAGGUCAUGCUUUAUUGGAGUUAAAGAAUGUCAUCAUAACACCCCACAUUGGAUCUGCAACUUCCCAAGCCCGCCGCCAUAUGAUGGAAAGGAUGGUUGAAAGUAUUCUGGCAGCUGUAAAUGGGCUCCCAGUCACUAAUGAAGUCCAUGAUUAACAUAUGCUUUGAUGAGAUAAAGUAUUUUUACAUUUGUCUUUAAAUGUUUAUACCAGAGGUCUCCAAACUUGGCAACUUUAAGACUUAUGGUCUUCAACUCCCAGAAUUCCUCAGCCAGCCAUGCUGAUUGGGGAAUUAUGAGAGUUGAAGUCCACAAGGCAUAAAGUCACCAGAUUUGGAAGUCCCUAGUUUAUACCAAAGUAAUGAAUUUGAUUUUGACAACAAAUCUCCAUUUAGUUUUUGGGGGAGGGGGGGAGCACACUUUUGAGUAUGUUUUGUUCAUUUAUAUUGUUCCGUUUGUUCUAUAGAGCUUUGUUAAAUGGAGAGCAAAACAAACCUGAAAAAUAAAAGUAUCUGUCAUCCCUUUUCACUGGAUACAUCCGAUGAGUGUCCCAGUGGUAUUCAAUAUUUAAAGGGUUUGUUGUCAAAUAAGGAUUACUGCUAAAGGUAUCUGAGAUAUUUCUCCAAAUAUCAUCUGUGGGAUAGGCUGUUAUACUGAAAUAGCAGCUAACUUAAUGAAGAUUAAAUUUAAACAUUAAAAUUAACAGAACGUAUUCCCAAAUACUGUAAAUAUGUCAAAUUUUGAAAUAAGGCUAAUAUAUAUGUAUAAAUAUAUAUUCUAAAAGAAAGAUAAUUGAUGUGAUUAGGAGUGCAUAAUACAUGUGAGAUUUGGGGUCAGAUAGUUUAAGCUAUUCUACAUGUUCAAUUUUUGUAGUGUCUACUAUUGCAAAUACUCUCUGAUGCUACUGAAGAACUCCUGGACUUUUGAUCCUUUAAAAUACUAUUGAAGUGAAAUGUGCAACUUUAUAGCAGAGCAGUAACUUUCAGAUGUGACUGGAGUUAUAGAUUACUGAAACUGCCCUUUUUCAUUUUGGGUGACAGGAAAACACUUCCCAUAAUAUAAUCAGAAACAGAACAAAUAUAUACAUCAGCAUACUGUAAUAUCAGACUAGGUCUGGAGAGACCCACAUUUGAGCCAUGGAAUCUCCCUGAAUGACUUUGGCUCAGUCACUCUCAGCCCAUCCUACUUCACAAGGUUGUUGUUUUUUGUGGAGAAAUAAUAAUAAUGAUAAUGUCUA